CUUAGGGACACGCUGAACCCGGAUCCCAAUUCUCGGAUGUCUGCCGAGCUGAAGCUGGUUGAACUGCUGCAGACUCCGGAGGCUGGGCUCGCACUAGCACAGUUAUCCAUAUCUCAAGGACUUGAAAUAUCAAUAAGACAGUCGGCCUGCAUUCUGCUCAGAAAGUACGUGACGGAACGAUGGUCUCCAUACUUUGGCACAUUCAAGGGGUCUGCUCCUCCUGUUGAGGUUAAGACGCAGAUCCGGCAGGCCAUUUUCCAAGGUCUUUCCGACCCAGCCCGCAAGAUCAGAUCGCUAUGUGCUCGCACUUUGUCAACUAUUGCUGACUGCGACUGGCCGGAUGAAUAUCCUGAGCUACUGGACUCCUUGAUCAAUAUUAUAUCUUCCGACUCUCCGGAUGCAGUCCAUGGGGCCAUGCAAAUGUUCACGGAGUUCAUCAAAUCUGAUUUGACUGAAGACCAGAUAUUACCUGUGCUGCGUCAACUACUGCCCGUACUUUUGGCGAUAUUGGGGGCAGCCGAACGGCACUCUCCGUUGACACGGUCCCGCACUAUUUCGGUGUUCCGGCAAUGCGUCACGGCUUUGUUUAUGGUCAAGGACCAACAUCCUCAGGCAGUGAAAGAAGCUACAGCGUCGGUGCUGCCCGUGUGGUUGGACGCUUUCAAAGUACUUCUCAGUAUUGAUCCUCAACAAGAUGUCUCCGGGAAGGACGUCUGGGAUGGUCUUGCUAUUCGUAUUCAAAUAUUCAAGACGCUGGACACUAUCUACACGUCUUUCCCUAAGACACUCACACCAUACCUCCAAGAUUUCCUCAACGCAUCUCUUUAUCACUUGCAGGCUCUCCUGCCUACAUUCACCCAAUAUUACCUGUCCCCAGAUAACUCUGCUCCGCGCACGUCCGAAGACGAACCCAUUGAUCUUGCUCAGCUAGUCUGCCCGCUUUUAGAUUUCGUGAACAAUGUCACUAGGGGAGGUAAAGCGAAAUCCUGGUAUGAGCAAGGUCAUCUUGCCGAGCUUGUCCGCUUGAUGUUCGACUGGAUGCAGAUGACCAGUGACGAUGAGGAGAGCUGGUCGAGUAACGCCAACGCAUUCGUUGCCCAAGAAGAGGACGAAACGCAAGUGUACGGUGUGCGCGUCGCUGGCUUUGAAGUGCUUGCGACUCUCCUGGAUCGCAUGCCAAUACAGACCACCGCAACAUUCCAGUCAGUUGUCCAACAGGUAGUGACUGAUUCUCGGCAGGCGAAAGAGUUGGGUAACCGUGACUGGUGGCGCCCGUUGGAAGCCGCUCUUGCAGCAGUUGGCUCGCAGGCAGAAUCCGUCGCGGAUUGCAUAGAGGAUGAGGUAGCCUCUGAAAGACCCAAGCCCAUUGAUAUCGAAGCUUUGCUCACCGAUGUUGUACCUUCUUUGUUGGGCAUGUCCGAAUGCCCGUUCUUGCAGGGCCGCGGAUUCGUGUUUGCAAGUCAAUAUGCAAAGCUUCUGCCGUCCAAUCUCGCUGGUCAGUACUUGGAAGCCGCUGUCCAGGUCAUCGAAGCCCAGGACGCAGGUAUUCCCAUCAAGAUAUCGGCAGUCAAGGCGGUACAGAAUUUCUGUCAAGGCAUGGAGGCUUCCAUCAUCAUUCCGUUCGCACCACGGAUAGCCGCAGAUCUGGGCCCUUUCCUGUUGAUGACCAGCGAAGACACACUUUCUCUUGUGCUCGACACUGUAUCUGUCGUGCUUGACAUCGACGAUGGAAAGUGGCUCAGCGUGGAACUGGCAAGCUCUCUGACCUCAGCUGUCCUUGACGUAUGGUCCAAGAACAUUAAGGAUCCAUUGUUCAUUUCUCUUCUCGGAGAAAUACUGUCUUCGUUAGCCGGUUCCAAUACGCCUGGAACAUACGAAAUAGUUGUCAGGCAGGCGCUCCCAGUACUAUCGUCGGCCAUGGGUUCAGCCAAACCCGAUGAAUCCUGGAUUGCAGAGUCCGCUCUCGAGCUAACGACGGGCCUUGUCGAAGGAGCACCGGAUUCCGGGCUUGGCGACGGUUUCUUUGCUACGCUAGCGCCUCCUCUUUUUAUGUGCCUGAAGAGCACGGAAGAUCGGGACGUGCUCCAGAAUGGCACGGCAUGUUUGACACUGAUCAUUCGCAAAGAUGUCGGCCAACUCCUGGCAUGGUCAGAUGCAGAGGGUCGAUCGGGACUGGAAAAUGUUCUUACCCUCAUAGCCAAGCUGCUGGAGAAUCAGGACGAAUCAGGUGGGCUGUUCAUCGGCGAUCUGAUCAUUCAUCUGCUUCGAAGAGCAGGGGAUGCUGUUCUGCCUGUCCUUCCGGAAAUGUUGAGGGCUAUGGUCGGCCGUAUGAGCACAGCAAAGACAGCAAGCUUCAUUCAGAGUCUGAUCAUUCCGUUCUGUUUCCUCAUUAACAAUCAGCGUGACACUGUGCUAUCGCUCCUGGAAUCCACUCAGAUCCAAGGACGCUCUGGCCUCGAUAUCUUCAUUCAAACAUGGUGUGAGAACGCAGAAACGUUCCAAGGCUUCUGGCCGAAUCGUGUCAGCAGUCUCGCACUGUGCCAGCUGUAUACUUGCGAGAGGCCUAGCCUGCAGAACCUGAUGGUGAAAGGUGACAUUGUGGUAAAACCGGAAACAUCGAACGUCAUCAUGACACGAUCGCGAACGAGGAACAUGCCUACGGAAUUUACGUCCGUGCCGUUCCCGGUGAAGGCGAUCAAAUUGCUCCUCAAAGAUCUGCAGUUGGGUGCAGAACCCACUGCUAUGAACGCACCAAGCGAUGCUGGUGAUAUCGAUUCUGAUGACGGGGACGAGGAUUGGGAGGAGGAAGAGAAGUCAAACCAAGGCUUCAAGGAGGACGAGUUUGCGUUUCUCUCCGACAUGCUGGGUGGGCACGGCAUGACAUUAGAAAACGACGAUCUUUUGGAAGAUACGGAUGAUCAAGACCUCCGCAAUGAUCCCGUUUCUCAAAUGGACAUGCAGCAACACUUGGUCAUGUUUUUCAAAGAGUGUGCGUCACGGAAUACCAAUAACUUCCAGGGGGUAGCGGGGCAGCUCUCCGCUAGCGAGAUGCAGGUGCUACAGAAAGUGGUGGGGCAGUAAGGGCUGAUUGUGCGGCGACGUCUAGAAUUGUAUUCGAACUCCGUCUGUUUUCCUGACUUGCUGUGAUUAAUCCUUGGAUAUGCUAUAAGUACUGGUUCAUGUGGAAGGCUCCUCUAGGUCUACGAGAGCAGUAAGCAAAACGGUCUGGCCGACGUCAUGUAGGAGUCUCCUUGCACAGAUCCCAUUCUCGCACGGAACCCCGUUUCUUGUAUUCGAUGUCCAUGACGCUGGGGCCUGAAUCCCAUCGUUCGCUGACGCCGGUCGAGAUUCCCUUCUUGUCCUUACUGGAAUCUUUGAUUCCAUGCUUCUCCAGCCACUUCUUCUCGGCCUUGUCCUGCCUUCGUAGUUCGAUGAGCCGUAACAUAGCAUCCCAGCCUUCGAAAGCAGCAUCAUCGAUAAGGCCCGUGGCUGGUAUCUCCGGCACCUUGAGGGGCGC